GUUGAUUCAGGUAUGCUAUAACCAUAUCUUUAAUAAUCAUGAUAAUAAGAAGAGUAGCUGUAGAGGCAUCAGUGUAGUUCUGGGUAAUUAUCGAGCCGGAAGAGGUAUGUGAUGUCAUGGGUAUGGUGAAGGAUGGGGCAUAGUUUGUUUUGUAAUAACGUUGUAGAGAGUAAGUAACCAGCGAUAAAAACAGAAGGAGGUUGCAUUACACCAUUUCACUACACUUUAAAAUGCGACGUGUAUAUAGGAGAACAUUUGUGGCCAUGGUAUUUUUGAACUUUCAUCGACUGGGGUCCUGAACUGAAGCCGGCAUAUAUUAGAACACCCUUUCAACGUCCGGUUGUCUACGUCACCGACUUGUAGAACUCUGUGGAACAGCGUGGAAUGAAUGUGACACUGUAGCGGUGGCUGUGGAUCUUACACUGAACGGGGGACGAUGGGGAAUUGGUUGAAUGUGCUGUCCAUCACUGUGUUCCUUUCUCUGCUUAUUCAUUCUGGUCAAGGCGCCAGACAGGGACAGGACAUUAAAUGUGGAGCCUGCAGGGCCCUGGUCGAUGAGAUGGAGUGGGCCAUCUCUCAGGUGGGUCCGAAGAAGAUGAUCCAGACGGGAUCCUUCCGGAUCAAUCCGGAUGGCAGCCAGUCUGUCAGAGAGGUUCCCCUAGCGCGAUCUGAAGGCCAUCUCCUGGAGCUAAUGGAGGAGGUGUGUGAAAAGAUGAAGGACUACGGGGAACGCACUGACCCCUCAAGUAAUCGUAAUAUCUAUGUGAGGGUGACCUCUCGAGAUGGCAAAGUCAUGGACCUCUCUGAAACCACACUGGACUCAAGAGUCACCAGUAGCCUCAAAUAUGCUUGUGAGACGAUUGUUGAGCAACACGAGGAUGAACUUAUUGAGUUCUUUGCCCAUGAGACUGACAAUGUCAAGGACAAACUCUGCAGCAGGCGGACAGAUCUGUGUGACCAUGCCCUGCACAUGCCCCAUGAUGAGCUGUGACUCCACCCUGUUCUCCAGACAGACUCCUCCUCUGCCAUGCAGAGGUGGUACUGGGGACUCCAAAUGCCCCUCCUUCACAGUCUCAGCCCCUUCCGCCCAAUCUCAACCCUCUGUGUCCUUCAUGGUAUUCAGGGGACCAGGUGACAUUAGCACAGUGAUAGUGGGAUUGAUCAUUGUGCAACUGCUGUAGUGGACACUCAUCAUGUCAUUUAAGUACCCGUCUCUCCCAUAUUCAUGUGUGCCUCAACAUUCUUUUGUUUCUUAAUCUGAAUUCAAAAUCCAGGAGAGAGACAUGAAGCCCAACAUUCAGAAACAGUCUUAGAUAUUUUGGAAAUCAAAUAUUCCUCAAGAUGUAGGCAUGAGCCUGAACACUUUGUAAUUGUUUUUUGUAAUGGUUUUUGCCUAAUUGACCUUAUUGUACAACUUCAAGUACUGUACUGAGUCAGAGUGUGUAGAAAGGUGGAUUUGUAUCUCUUCACAGGAACAGCAAUGGAUACACACUUGAUACUGGAUGUAUUUCAUUCAUUGACCUUAAAAGCACAUUUUCCAUACGUUACUGAUUUUCCAGCAUAUUUGCAAAUUACUCCACAUAUCUGUAUAUGCAAAAGUUUGAGUCUCCCCGUGUAUUUAGAUUCAUUCAGUU